AUGUGCACCCAACGGCUCAUCACGUGGACAGGCUGCGGCCAUUGGACCACGCAGAAAGUGCAAUGCGCUCAAGCUAUUCAACUUGGACCUAUGAACUUUUGCUCGACCGUGCACGCACCAGAAGUCGAGGAUAUCCCUGAGCAGCGCUGCCCUGAUACGCGCAAACAUCCUUCGGUUACUGGAAAGAAGCCUUACCACGUGCAGCUCUGGGAGCUACGUUUCGGGGGAGAAGUGCGCACAUGCGAGCGUCGGACUGUGGAUGAUCUACCUGAAGAGUUCUGGGCCCUUCUUGAGGAUGAUUUGCGAUAA